AUGCUUCUCAUUCUGCUCGCUGCGGUCAUCUGGGGCACUACAAACCCAUUGCUGAAACGCUACAGCACUGGUAUGGCCACACAAACCACCUCGUUCCUGGAGGACCUGUGCUUCCUUGCGUCGCGGCCCAAGUACCUCGUGGCGCAGCUCACCAACCUGAGCGGAUCGGUAUUCUUCUUCGCUGGCCUGCGCGAUGUUGACGUGGCGAUUGGCAGCAUAGUAGCCAAUGCACUGGCCUUUGUGAUCACCGUGCUGGUGAGCGUCCUCGUGCUGCAGGAGGGCACACUGCGGCCGCGAACGUUGCUGGGAAGCUGCCUGGUGGUGAGUGGGACGGCACUCUGUGGGCUCGCCGCCUCGACGGACGCCUGA